AUGCAGUACAUUAUGGAAGGAAUUAUGGAGGAAAACAACUUGGCAGAGGUUCUAGAUGCUGAAGUGGUUUAUGAAGAAGAAGAAGUUUCUGAAGAUCAUGAGAUUGGCUUGGAGGAGCUAGAAAAAGCACCUCCCUGGAUAGAUGAUGAAGCCAUUCAUGUUAGAGAGGAGUUAGAAGAAGUGAAUCUUGGAACCUCUGAGGAACCUCAGGAAUACAAAGAUUGCUUUGCAUGGCAAUAUUCUGAUAUGCCGGGGUUAAGCAGGACAUUGGUAGAACAUCGGCUACCUAUUAAGCCCGAGUUUCAGCCAUACCGCCAACCUCCAAGAAGAGUGUCAAAAGAAGUUGAAUUAAAGGUAAAAGAGGAAAUUGAAAAAUUGUGUAAAGCAGGCUUUAUUAGGCCUGCUAAAUAUAGUAAUUGGUUAGCAAAUGUUGUUCCAGUGGUUAAAAAGAAUGGAAAACUUAGAAUAUGCAUAGACUUUAGGGACUUAAAUGAAGCAACUCCUAAAGAUAUUUAUGCUAUGCCAAUUGCUGACACUCUUAUUGAUGCUACAGCUAAUCAUUCUCUUUUGUCUUUUAUGGAUUGUUUUGCUGGAUAUAACCAGAUUAUGGUGGCUAAAGAAGACAUCUCCAAAACGGCAUUUAGAUGUCCAGGAUCUAUUGGGACAUUUGAAUGGGUGGUCAUGCCGUUUGGUUUACGUAAUGCUGGUGCAACAUAUCAGAGGGCUAUGAAUGCCAUCUUCCACGACCUCUUAGGUAAAACUAUGGAGGUUUAUAUUGAUGAUGUUGUUGUAAAAUCAAAACUAAUGAAAGAUCAUUUGAAAAAUCUAGAGGAAGCAUUUAGGAGGAUGAGAGUUCACUGUUUAAAACUCAAUCCUUUGAAAUGCGCCUUUGGUGUAAAAGCUGGAAAUUUUUUGGGGUUUUUGGUCCAUGAAAGAGGCAUUGAAGUGGACCAAAACAAAACCAAAGCUAUUCGAGAAGCUAAACCGCCUAGAAAUAAAACAGAACUUCAGAGGUUUCUUGGGCAGGUUAAUUACUUAAGGAGAUUUAUAUCUAAUCUUGCAGGAAAAACAAAAGUGUUCUCAGAACUGUUGAAAUUAAAAAAGGAGGAUGUCUUCAGAUGGGAAACCAUCCAUCAAGAGGCUUUUGAUGAAAUUAAAGAUUAUCUAAUGAAGCCUCCUGUAUUGAUGCCUCCCAAAAAGGGUAUACCUCUGAGGUUGUACAUUUCAGCAGCCGAAGGUUCAAUUGGGUGUCUGCUAGCCCAGAGCAACCAAGAUGGACAUGAACAGGCUAUUUAUUAUUUGAGCCGUUCGAUGACAUCUACAGAGGUUAGAUACACUCCUAUCAUGAAAUUGUGUCUGGCUUUGUUUUUUGCCUGCACUAAGUUAAGACACUAUCUGCUUAGUAAUAGAGUCUAUGUGGUGUCUCAAACCGACUUGAUGAAAUAUAUGCUAAACAAACCUGUUUUAUCAGGAAAUAUUGGAAAGUGGUUAUUAAGUUUGGCAGACUUUCAUUUGAUUUAUCAUCCCCAGAAGUCAGUCAAAGGUCAGGCUCUAGCAGAUUUCCUAGCCGACCAUCCAUGUAUAAACCUAGGAGAUGAAAGUAAAUUUGACUUACCGGUUUUUAUGAAUGAACAUAGACCUUGGAUGCUUAAAUUUGAUGGGUCUAGUACAGAUAGGUCUGCGGGUGCUGGAAUCAUAAUAGUAUCACCUUCUGGAGCUAAGACCUCCUUGUCUUUUAAUCUUGACUUUGAAUGUACAAAUAAUCAAUCUGAGUAUGAGGCUUUGAUUAUUGGAUUAGAAAUCCUCCUAGAUCUAGGUGCUAAAAAGGUCAAAAUAAUUGGAGAUUCUCAAUUGGUUAUUAGACAAGUGUCCGGGGAAUAUAAAUGUAUGAGUUACUCUUUAACUUCUUAUUAUGCUAUUGCUAUACAGUUAAUAGAGAGUUUUGAAGAGGUUGAAUUAGUACAUGUUCCUAGAGAGGAAAAUUGGGAGGCCGAUGAAUUAUCACAGCUAGCAUCUGGCCUACGUCUGUCGGAGGAGUUAACUCACCGACUAGUAAUGGUACAAAGAAAAACUCACCCUUCAAUUUUUAAAAGAGGAGUACAACUAGACAUUUUCAAUAUUGAUGAUAACUUAGUACAGGAUUGGAGGAGAGACAUUAAAAAGUACCUGGAGAAUCCUAGCAAGAAGAUGAUGUAUAAAGUAAGAGUGAGAGCUGUUAACUACGUGCUCAUAGAAGAUGUUUUAUACAGAAGAGGAUUCGACAACCUAUUGCUAAGAUGCCUUGGAACUACAGAGGCACUAGAGGUCAUGAAACAAACUCAUGAAGGAGUUUGUGGAGCACAUCAAUCCGGAGUGAAAAUGAGAUGGCUGAUCCGAAGACAUGGUUACUUCUGGCCAUCUAUCCUAAAAGAUUGUAUGACUUUUGCAAAGGGUUGUCAAUCGUGCCAAAGGUAUGGAAACAUACAAAGACUUCCAGCUGCUGAGUUGAAGUCUGUCAUCAAACCAUGGCCAUUCAGAGGUUGGGCCAUAGAUUUGAUAGGUAAAAUAUAUCCUCCAUCUUCUAAAAAUCACAGUUUCAUAAUUGUAGCUACUGAUUACUUUACCAAAUGGGUAGUCGCUAAGCCAUUGGUAAAGACAGAGCAAAAAGAUGUUAUUAAAUUUAUUAAAGAGGAAAUUAUUCAUCAAUUUGGAAUUCCACAAUCAGUAACUACUGACCAGGGCACAAUGUUCACUGGUAAGGAGAUGCAAGAAUUUGCCACUGAUUAUGGAAUAAAAUUAUUGACGUCUACACCUUAUUAUGCUCAGGCCAAUGGCCAAGCUGAAUCUUCUAAUAAAAUUAUCAUCAACAUAGUUCAAAAAAUGUUGGAAGAAAAUCCAAAGGAUUGGCAUCGGAUUUUAUCAGAAGCACUCUGGGCAUAUCGCACCUCUAGGCGAAAUGCUACUGGAGUAAGUCCAUUUAUGCUAACCUAUGGUCAUGAUGCAGUGUUACCCAUGGAGGUGGUGGUGAGGUCAUUGAGAGUAGCUAAGCAGAAUCAUUUGACUCCAGAAGAUUACAAUGAAACCAUGAUGAUGGAGUUAGAAAAUCUAGAAGAAGGGAGACUUCAGGCUUUAAACAAUAUGAUUAUACAGAAGAAGAAAGUCUCCAGAAGCUACAACAAGAAAGUUAGACCUAAGACAUUUCAAGAAGAUGAGCUAGUAUGGAAGUUGAUCUUACCCCCUGGUACUAAAGAUAGAGAAUAUGGGAAAUGGUCUACUAAUUGGGAAGGGCCAUUCUUAGUCCACAAGGUGAUGAAGGGGAAUGCGUACUGGCUAUCAAGUCUAGAGGGUGAGCCUCUGUUACUGGCGUUUUGCCUUCAUCAUUUGAAAACUGCUGCUUCAUGUACCAACUGCACACGUUCUUCCCCACCUUCAGGAACUGCCAAUCGUGUUUUGUUUCUGUUGAGAAGGAGGAACCGCCGGCCACCACGCUGCCAGCAGUCGGCAGCUCCUCGCCCUCGCCGACCAGCUCCACAAGUCCAGCAGCUGGGAGUUCUCUUCACGCCGGCGGUAGUAGCAGCGGAUCUUCCCUUCUCUACAACGGCGGCGAUAAAAUCAUCACGGCAGCAGCUCCACCAAGAUUCACCGCAAGAACAAGCUUCUCAAGAUCUUCGGCCAUGUUCUAAUUUUCAGGCGGGACAGCAGCUGUCUUACCUUUCAGACCCACGGCAACAGCAGCAACAGACUCCAGCAGCUAUUCUGAGCAGCAGCUCGGUAGGGAGCUAUGUGGACAGGGGCACUUCCUGCACUCAACUAGAAACAAGUCUCUUCGAACAACUUGUGUUCAACAUUGAAGUCCUUAGAGAUUCUGAUAAGAAGAUGGCAUUGUCGACUCCUGAGAUCCUGUGUUUUUCAAAUUUCAACCUUUGCAUGUUGCCAUCCAAGAAGAACAUCAUGUCAUUAAUUUAUAGGCUGUUUGCCCAGAACAUUUUUCUUACACGGCCUUUUGGCCAGUACUUGCUUUGUGACACUACACCUGCACCUAUACACUUGUACAUGCAUUGCAUCACAGAGACGCCAUUCAGGUACUUUCUAAACUUCAAAUGUCUUGGUGUGAAGAUGGCUCUCCAGCCAUUUGUUUGCUUGUCGUGUUCCACACCAAGAUUCACUUACAGGUACAGCCAUGCAUUGCAUUUUCACUAUGUGUUUAUGUUCCUGCUUAGUUAG